UUGGCAUGUGAUAUUAAAAGCUAUACUUUUUCCAGGUUUAUAUGAAUAGUGAUAGACUAAGUUGAGACAAAUGCUAUUUGAAUAAUAAAUACCUAUGGUAUUGGAAAAGUUGUCAUGAAUCUGAUAGUGUUUCCAUUCCAGCACCAAUUUCCCAGUCUUCAAAGUGUGGCAGGGAGCUCAAUCCGUGACAAGAUGUUUGGGACAGUCAAAACAUUGCCCCAAGCGGAAUGCCGAGACCUGGGCAACCCAAUUCCUUUCAUGAGGGCCCCUCAUGAAUAUGAUGAAAAUGAUAUAAUGAUGAAGUGCAUCAUUUAAUAAGUAUGAGAAGCGAAACGAAUCAAUGCUGUGACAAGCUUUCAACUUCUGCCCCAGAUUUCCUUGCUUCUGCCCCAAAAUUCCUCAAACCUGCCACAACCUGUGGUGUGUGCCCUGACAACAUAUUGUCAAGACCUGCCACGUUUUGCAGACUGGCCCAUUUCUGUAUGCCUACCUUCCAGGUGAAGAUGCCUGGUGAGCGAGGGAGAGGACAAGGACGGGUGAGGAGAGGAGGUGGUCGAGGGGCAAGAAGAAUUCUCAACUUUUCACCCACCGCCCAGCCCGAGCCCCAAAGGUGUACCAGUGGAAGCUCCUGCACCACGUGCACCGUCGUCACAGAGGAGAUCUGCGAGCAGCUGCGCCGGCGCGCCGCCGCCGUGGACUCCGACAGUGGGGUCGAGGUGGAGGUGAGCGACGCGAAGGACGGCGCGGCCGGCGGCGCCCCGUCCGCGUCCGGUGGCAGCGCGCUCAGCAAGCUCAACGAGGAGACUCACGCCUAUUGCCGCGGCGCGGCCCCGCCGGCUGGUGACCGUCCGGAAACCCAAGCCGUUCAUGGGUGACUGAGUGAAACGAAUGGACGUGCAUGUGCGUUUUUGUUCUGUGUAUGCGUGCGUUUGGAAAUGGCGUCUCUAUGUGCGUGCUUGUUUUGUAGAAGCGCUAGCGGUGCCGACGGACCCAGCGAUGGCGCGGAGGGCUUUGAUGUACCGUGUGUCUUUGAUGUUGAUGCAUUCUCGUGUUUUGUUGGUCGCGCGCCCAGCAGCACCGUGUACAUAGCCGGGGGCGUUUCUGCUCGACGCCACGUUCUGUUCGUUGUAUCUCAGUGCCAGCUUUUUGCUCCAAGUCCCGCUCGUGGAACACGCGACUCGCUCGAUUCAAAUAAUAAAUAUACACUGCAUUCUCUAA